AUGAUUUACCCUGACAUAUUCAUCUCCCUCCAGAUCGCUCUCCAUAUUAUAUUAUCCUGUAUCCUCAGUUUCGCUGUCGCGCAGAACCCAGUCGAUGCGUAUGCUCCGACAGUCAAUGUGAAUUGUCCAGAGACACCUGACUUGCUCGUGCGAACCUUCACGUUGCAGAAUCAGGUCCUGAACACAUCAGAAACGGAGUAUAUUGGGUCUAGGGAGUCAUAUGUAAUCUCAACUGCAUGGUCCAACUGGCUUGGCAAUGCGUCAAAUAUUGGAUACAACUUCGAAAAUUUGGAGGGUAAAUUUCCCAGAAUUGGCAUUGCGAUCGGAGGCGAGGGAUACCGCACGGCACAAUAUGGCGCAGCAGUAUUGUCAGGGUUGGAUUGGAGAAACACCACCGCCAGAGAGAAGGGCACUGGAGGACUGCUGCAAGUCGCGUCUUACCUCUCAGCUUCGUCUGGUGGUUCAUGGCUACUCGGGUCACUUUUGAUGAACGAUUGGCCGUCAAUUAAAGAACUGGUUUAUGGGAAUGGAGGAGAUCUUUCGUCAUGGAUGUUAAACCUUGACUUAAUUGUGCCAUCGUCGGCAUCAGUCAGCAAUAGCGAUAACCAAGAGUAUUGGGGUAGUAUCCUGGCGAGUGUUGGAUCAAAGGCAAAUAAUGGACUUCCUAUCAGUGUGACUGACCUAUGGGGUCGGAUGAUUUCAUAUCACUUCUUGAACGAAACAACGCAAGACAACUUCUAUACCAGUCAGACUAGCCACGGCGCUGGUCAACUAUGGUCCCAAAUGUCUCUCCUGCCGAGUUUUCAAAAUCACACAAUACCAUUCCCGAUAGUAACCGCUGACUCGCAGCCAGCGGGCUCAGGGAUACCCACGACUGUGUCUCUGAAUUCAACUGUUUAUGAGAUUACACCUUUUGAGUUUGGGUCGUGGGACCCAGGCCUUGCAGCGAUGCUACCACUGAAGUUUGCUGGGACUUAUUUGACAAACGGCCUGCCGGCUAACCAAUCAGCUUGCAUCACUGGAUUCGAUCAGGCGAGCUUUGUUAUGGGUACAAGUUCCAGUUUUUUCAACGCGGUCUUGAAUGUUACCGACGGGAACUUUGGGUUCGAUACCUCCGAUGGAGAUGAAGGCGGCAUGAACUUUAUUUUCAAUCAGUUAUUGUCGCAUACGCCGUCCAAUAUCAUGAAUGCGGCCAAUUGGCCUAACCCAUUCAAAGGUAUCAAUCCUAUGACUUUUCAAGACUCGUCUGCAGACCAGCUCCAACUCCUUGACGGAGGUUCAAACCUCGAGAAAACCCCCCUUAGCAGCUUGCUUGUUAAAGCUAGAGGACUAGAUGUAGUGGUUGUCAUUGAUGGUAGUGCGGAUGAUCAAAACUAUUGGCCAAAUGGUACAUCACUGCUGACUACUUUCGAGCGGAUAUCAUCAGUGCUCUCAUCUUCGCAUCAACCGAUGCCGCCCAUACCUGGAACUGCUGCCCAAUUUGUUUCCACAGGCGUCAAUAUGCGCCCAACGUUUUUUGGCUGUAAUCUCACUCAGGGUCAACCAACUUACCCCAUCAUCAUAUAUCUUCCUAAUGCGCCUCCACUGGAUGGAAGCGCGCCAGCUACGAACACUGGUGAUACACAAUUUUCCUACACAUCCAUGUUCACAGCUGUAUUCAUAAACCAAGCGUUCUGGAAUACGUUAGGUGGUUUCAAACCAAACACAACUUCUUCGGAUCCACACUGGGGACAAUGCUUGCAGUGUGCCGCAAUCGAUCGCGCAGUUACUCUACGAUCAGAUUUCUGCUCGCAAUGCUUUACGCAGUAUUGUUACAAUCCAAACAAUCCCCCAAGCGAAUCGGAACUCCCAGGCAGACAGUUUAUAUUCGUGGAUCCUGAUCCGGGUGGUCUGCAGAAAUUGGAACGAUGGUUAAGAGACAAUAAGGGUGCAUUGGCAGGUUACAUCGUUGCCGUCAUAGUACUUAUUGCAGGGAUCGUCGGUUUCAUGUGAGUGAUCAUACAGCUAUCUGAACGUGAUGACUCAGUGGUUGCAUGUAGUUUCUGGUGGCGGAAGAGGAGAGCACGCAAGUCUAGGUAUUCUCGUGUCGACGAGCUUCGAGAGGAUGACGAACCUUGGAGGUAUUACGAUACUCGCUCGUUGGAAUUGACGCGUCGAAUGUCGAUAACAUGAUCCCCUGGCAUAAUCUCGGCUGUCAGAUUGCAGCUGAAAUUGUCACUGCACAUCUUUUCCUACAUCAUAUACUAUACUUCAUGUUGCACUACGGGACAUUGGUGACUAUUAUAUUGGACUCAGACUGCUAUCACUAGUACUAUUGUCAUUAUAU